AAGUAAAAUCAAAAAGUAGAGAGCAAUGGAGUCCAUUACCAUUGAGAAUUACGUGUUCCCAUCAACAAUGGUGAAGCCUCCUGGUUCUACGAAUUCCUUUUUCCUUGCCGGCGCAGGAAAUAGAGGUUUGGAGAUUGAAGGGAAGUUUGUGAAGUUCACUGCGAUCGGCGUCUACAUGGAAGAGACUGCUCUUCCUUUUCUCGCCACUAAAUGGAAAAGCAAAAGCUCUGAGGAGUUGGCUAAUUCACUCGACUUUUUCAGGGAUAUCGUCACAGGUCCCUUUGAGAAAUUCACUCGAGUGACUAUGAUCUUGCCUUUGACGGGUAAGCAAUACUCAGAGAAGGUGGCAGAAAAUUGUGUUGCCCAUUGGAAAGCAAUAGGAACCUACACCGAUGCAGAGAGUCAGGCCAUUGAAAAGUUCCUCAACAUUUUCCAGAAUGAAACCUUCUCCCCGGGUGCCUCCAUCCUUUUUACUCAAUCACCUGUUGGGGCAUUGACGAUUAGCUUCAUUAAAGAUGAUUCAGUUACUGGCACUGGAAAUGCUGUUAUAGAGAACAAACAAUUGUCUGAAGCAGUGCUGGAAUCCAUAAUUGGCAAACAUGGAGUUUCCCCUGCAGCAAAGUGUAGUAUCGCCGAAAGAGUGUCAGAACUAUUCAAAAAGAGCUACGCCGACGCGUCAGUUUGUGAAAACCCAGGAAUUGAGAAAUCCUCCGACCCAGUGAUUGAGGAGAAACCUACCAUUCCAGAAAUUGGAGUCUAGUUAGGACAACAAAAAAGGUUAUAGUGCUGAAACUCCUUUGUCAACUGAGCCUGAUGUUGUCAAUGUUGCAUGAGUAUACUAGAGGAAUGAUUUAGCCUAUGCUUUUCUAGCUUCUCUACUAUGUAGUAGUAUUCAACAAGGUCCCAUCUUUGAAACUGUAUUAGCUAUGUAAUGUGGGAGGCUCAACGUGCCUUUUGAUGAAUUUAAAUCAUUAUUUAUCAAAAUAUGUUCUUACCAAUUGGAGCAGUGAGCAAUAUGGGGCUGCAGCUGUGAUAAUAUAUUCGUAUCCAUUCCAUAUUAAAAUAUGUUCAUACCCAUUUAUCAAGAUAUGUUCUGGAAUGUUUUUCAAUGUUUGGAUGGAAAUAUUUAUCAAAAGUUAAUAAUACUAUUAGCAAACUAAGAGUGUUUUGAUAAUAGUUUUUGAGUAUGGAAAUGACUUCCGCCCAUAAGUAAUGGAAGUCACUUUCACCAUUGUUGUGUUGUCUUCUUCUCAAAUAUCUUUGUCCCUGUAGGCAUUAAACACCCAAUAAAAGUACUCUCUGUUUUACUUUAGGUAUCCUAAGUUGUUUUUAACCUGAACCAAUCGUAGAGAAGUGUUUUACCAUUAUAUAUACAAGGUACUUGUUAAAGUAGGAUCGAGAUCUUUCAAAUAAUUAAGCUUUGGUUGCAUAAGAUGCAGUACAUUUUCAACAAUUCGAUGGUGAAAAUUUACAGGAGUAGUUUAGUUGGGACAGAGGAGUAGUAAAGUUGCCGCUAGAUUUGGAAUGAGUGAUUUGUCGAUUUCUUUGCAUGUCUACUUAUAUCUGGGUACUUGUCUCUAUAGCUGCAAGUAGUAAUUACAUCAUUCUGCUGUGGGAUAGUCCUUUAUAUGAAAACUUUUUGAUAAAGAAUGCAGGUCAAUCUUGAAUUUUUGAGAAUUUUUGGGCCGGCCAGUUUGGCUGUAGGAUUAAAAGGAGUGAACUUGAUCCUGGUUUCCAAUUGGGGAAUGUUUUCUGCAGAAUGCACAUUAAGGUGCCUUUGAUAUGUCAUUCUAUGAGAGCGCAGGAGAAUAUCCUAUAAUUCUGUUGAAUUAUCGUCUGUGCUUUUCAAGAAAUUAGUGAUUAGAUAUCAAUCGAGCUCCUAAGUAAAUAGGGGUUCUUUUCUCAAAAGGAGAGUAGUUCUGAAGGUGGUGUUCAGUAAAGAGAAAUAUUUAAAGAAAGAUCCUAGUUUAUCUCAUUCAAAUCUUGCUUUCUCGUCACAGAUAGUAUGCGUAAGUAAUUUUUUUUAUAAUAUGAUUAUUUUGGAGGUUUGUGGUGCUGAAAUGUCUAGGUUUAUACGUGCUAAGUAUCCAGAGGGGAUAAUUUUCCAUCUUGCUCUAUUUAUGCAUUGGAAUCUAUUUUAUGCAGGGGACUCAUAAUUGUGAAGCUACAACGUGGACAGGAGUUAAGGCCAAGAGCAAUGUCACGGAAAGGAAUUGGCAAAGAUCAUUCGAAAUGGUAUCCUGCAGCAACUGCGACUUUCUGGUAUGAACCAGAGAUCUACAUCAAUGAAGGCAUGACGGAAACCUUAACUCUCUAGGAGAAAAGAUGAUUAGUAGAAAGUAGUCCCAUGAAAGUCUUUGACAUUGACCCUGAAAACAAAUAGGUCAAUUGUGGUUGAACCUGUGGCAUAUACUUAGGAUGAUGCGGUGCUCAAGAAAGCUAAAGCCAUGGGAAAACCGGGGCUCAUAGAGAUACAUGUCAAGGAAGACAGUUUUAUUUUCGUUGCUGAAUCAACUGGUGCAAUUAAAGCUUCACAAUUGGUACUCAAUGCAGUAGAAGCACUGAAGCAGAAGUUGGAUGCAGUACCCUGUGAGAGGAGACGACACUGUGGAAGCAGACGAUCAGUUUGGAGAGUUGGGGGCACAUACGACGGGGGUAAAACCUCAUUGGCUAGUUAAAACUGUCAAUGUUGAUUUAUUUCUUGUAAGCACAAGUCCUCUUUGAACUACUUUAACCAUUUUCCAUUUAGGACUUCCCUUGACUGGUGGUGGAAAUGUAGGAGACUCUUUCUGUUUGUUAAAUGAAUAUGGUUUUUUU